AUGAACACGCAAGUCUCCCACCCGCAGUGGGCUUCUCCCCGUCGUCCGGGUCAUCCAAGCGGUAGCAGCAGCAGCAACAGCAACAGCUUGUCGCGGGGAACAAGCGCACCAACUCAACGAACGAGAGUCGAAACAAGAGUCGAAACUCAGCGUCGCCCUCCUCUUCCCAGCAGCAGACCACCUAUACUCUCAAGGUACACCGCGCCGGAAGAUGCACCAAAGACCGCAGCGACUCCGCCGGCGCUGCCUCACCGCUCCAGUGGCUCUCCUGGUCGCGUCUACAGCUCGCCAACCCGACCCUUCGAUCGGUCUCAGAGCCCCGUCAUGACACUUCGCAUCUUGUCGCCUAGCAGGCACGGGAACCAUGACGGCAAGGAACAGGACGACCAGGAGAACAGAGCGGCACCGGGCUCGUCGGGGACUGUCCCCCCGUCGCCGGGUCUGAGGCGGUCCACGAACAUCAAGCAGACCUCACCGAAACGCCGACGGCUGCCGCUGAGAGACUCAAUCCUCUUGACACGCAAAGCCUCGGCUGAUUUCUCGACCGGUGGCUCGUCGACGAACCCAAGCACGCCGCGGAAGCCUCUGCCGGCGCCGUUGAGACCGGAUCGAUCGCCACCCGAUGCGCUGGAAAUUAACAGCAUGCCUUCGACUCCGUCGACUCCGUCGAAACCGAGAUUGCCGGAUUCGCCCAGACUGGCAUUUCGCCCUCGCCAUCGCCCGCCCAACAUCCCGCAGCCCCCCACUCCGCCCGCGCGUCUGCCGUUGCGGGAGACCGACUCGGGCGGUUGCCAGGCGGCGAUAAAUGAUUCCGCCGAUGGCUCGGUGGCUGAUGAGAAGCGACUGAUCUCUCGCAUAUGUUCACUGAUCCUGGAUGAGGAGUUCGGCGCCGGCGCCGAUAGGUCUUCUACGCCGCUCAAGGUCUGGGAUACAGUGGUUCGGUGUCUCGAUGACAUAUCGCAGCUCGCACAGCCCGCAGCUGCCAGCAAGAAAAGAGAACGUCUUUCCUCAGGCUGUCAAGCUCCGGAUCCGACACGGUCUCUCGAGACGUCUGUGAGAGGGAUCAGCCAGACAGGUGCUGGAACUGAUGCGGACGAGAUUCGCGAUGAUCCAAGCAUCAAAUCCAAGGCCAAUGAAUUGAACAACGACAGCCCGAAUUCUGGUCAUCUACCUAUUGGUAUUGACCGCGGUCACGGCGGCACACAGACACUUCCAUGCCCUUACAGACUUCGGAACCCGGCCCGCUUCAACGUCAACGACAGAUGGCUGUGUGCAACUGGCAAGUGGAAGAACGUUGCAGAGUUACAGGCACACAUCGUCAAGGACCAUAGACAGUCCGGCAGCGCCGACCUGUUUCAAUGUCCGCGGUGCGAGAAAGGCUUUCCGGAACCGUCUGCUUUCAAGGAACAUCUGAUGCUCCCGAAAGAUCAAAUUUGCGAUCCCAGACCCGAGCUCCCCUCUACCGGCGGCGACGUCGAAGAUGGUAUCCCUGCAAUCAGGGCGCGAGACCUCGCUGAAAAGGUGGAGAGGGAGACUAUCAAGACGUGGGAUGACCUGUGGCGAUGGUUGUUUCCCUCCGAUAGAAUGGUGCCACGGCCCGUGACCCUGCCCGCUGUCGAACUCCCACAGGUGGAGCAGGAGGUCUUUGCGAGCAGCAACAUGUCGAGCCUGAAGGCCAGCUUGGAGGAGCGUCUCCGGCUUCUGGCGUUGCAGUCGGCCACCAACGACUCGUUCUCUGCGCAGAUACCCGUCAUCACCGGGUCCUUGUCACUCGUCGUGGAGGCACACCUGCGCAGUGUGUUCAUCGCCUGCCGCAACCAGCCUCUCAGCAAGCCCAGGAAGUGUACAUCAAGAACGGAGACGCCGACUGGUCGACCUAGAAAUCACUCCUCGGCAUCCACAUCGAGCGCCAGGAGCAUCGACAGGUUGCACAACCGCGGCCCGGCCAUUGCUGUCAACGAGACCCGGGCCAUGGCGAGAGACGUGUUUUGUACACAGAGUCAUCGGGUGAGGAGUAAUAGUGAAGAUUCGAGGCUCAGCAAGCCAUCAAAAACCCCCUUGCAACUACCGGUUCCCACCAUGCUCACAAUCCCGUUCCCGCGCAUAUCGGCCCUGACGGAGCAGUCCGACGUAGGCCCCAGCCCGGUCUCGGAAGACGGGAACGGGUCCCCGAAAGGCCAGGUCUCGGACACCGAGUACUCAUCCGGCGUCGAUUCGAGCCCGAGCAGCGCCGGUGGCUUCCGGGAGUCCAACAACACGGAUAUUCGCUGCAGCAAGUGCAACAUGCGGCCGAGCCUGCGGCCGAAUGAGGACAUCUUCUCGGAUCCACAUUUCGGCGAUGGCUCCCCGACGGGCAUGCGCACGCGGGAUUCAACGUCCAGGUUCUCGGACUCGGGGAUCGGGAUCCUGUGCAAGAGCUGCAGGAUGCUGGAGGAGCUCAUUAACUCGUAUUCGAGGGCGUCAUCGCAGUCGGGCAAGUCUGAGAGGCGCAGCGACGUCGUUGCCGGCAAUAAUACUUCUGCUGAUAAUAACAAAAAUAACAAGAUCGCCGCCGUGAAAGGCACGGGGACGACGACGACGGCGGCGGCGGCGGCGGUGGCGCCCGUCUUCUCGCCCGACUCCUCCGUCCUAGUGGAUGAGAGCGAGGAGGAGACGCUAUUUGACAUGAUACUCGACUCCGCGACGUACCUUGACGAAGAGGGCAAUCGCAAGACGGAGGUUGUGCCGCCUGUUUAUCCUCCGUCGCAGGUUGUGUUCUCGGAGUACGAUCGGUUCGGGCGGGACGACAAUUUCUUUUGA